UUAACUGGGUUCUUGAGAAGGUUCAGGUUAGGGUUGGUCCUUCUCCGGGUAGGGUUUAGAACUACACGGUCCCUGGUACUCCGUACUUAAAUAUUAUCAGAAUGUUCUCGACUGUAGAAGGGAUAAGGGUUGAUUAACUGCACUUACCUACAAACAACAACAUCAUGUCACGAAUCCUUCUGCUAUUGCUACUGCUGGGCGUGGUUGGUAAAAGUAGCAGUUUAACCUGUUACUAUUGCUACAACUGUCUUGUAUUUGAACCAGCAAGCCAGGCCAAGGCUUGUUCUCCUCUCGAGACUAAAUGCAUUAAAAUUGAUUUACCAACUGGCAAUGUGAACCGACUUUGCGCCACCGAGGAAACUUGCGAUAAAGGAACUGGAGACAAGAAUUCAGCUGAUAUGUCCUGCUGCUCUACUGACAACUGUAAUUUUGCUCCAAGAGCAAAUAUUCCCAUUGCUCUUCUCUUUCUUCUAGUUGUACUACCAUAUUCAUAAAUGCAGGGUUAUCCCUUAUCCUAUACUCCCAUUCCUUAAACCUUUUAUUAAUGAUUUAAUCCUUUGGUUUUCUUAUUUUAUUGAUUCUAAUGUUUUCUAACUCAACUAUAAUCCAUCUUCUUCCUGGAUUGUUUACCUCUUCAGUUAAAGGAAUUGAUUCUUUGCCACAAACUCAGAUUUUCUAGUCUCUAUAUUUGUGCGACCCAAUGACAGAGGCCUUAGAUAUUUCAAACCAUUCAUUUGUUAGAUUAAAUAAUCUAGGUUGAAAUAUCAACGGUGUAUACUACCAGG